AUGGAAAGGCUCCGCAAUAAUGCAGAGCAUUUGACCUUGCAGAAGCAACAUGCAAAAUUACUCUCAAGAACAGCUCAAGGAAGCACGAAACUUCAUAAGUUGAGGAUUGACAAAGGUAGAAUUACAAGAGAGGAUCGAGAAUUUCUAGAGCGAGAAACGCCCGAUAUCCUGAAGUCAGUCGAUAAUAACCGAAGGAAGUUCGGUAAUGCGGCUCGAGUUUUGGCUACCCAGUUCUAUCAAAAGUCUACCCGGUUUAUCUAUGAGCUCAUCCAAAAUGCGGAAGAAAAUAGGUACACAAUCGCAGCGGAACCACCUUGCUUGUCUUUCACUCUCCAACCAGAUCAAGUUAUCAUAGAUUCCAAUGAAGAUGGUUUCACUCGAAAGGACAUCAAAUCCAUAUGUUCUAUCGGCGAGAGUACCAAAACAGACAUCCAAGGUUAUAUCGGGAAAAAGGCAUCGUCUGGUCCUUACUCCUUUGCGUUUGAAUAUCUCAAGGGAGAUCGUGUAAACAGUGGUCCUAGUAUGGUAACACCCAUCAAUGAGAGCCGACAAGAGCUUCCCGGUGGUGUUCGAACAAGGACGGUUUUAUAUCUUUAUAAGGAUAAAGAUCGAGAAGCUCUAUAUCAAGAUUUGCUAACAUUGCCAAACACAUUGUUAUUAUUUCUCAAAAACCUACAGCAGCUAACUGUUAAAUUUGAAGUUCCUGACAAGGACAUCCAAAAGGUCCAGUUUUAUCUGAGUUCAAACAAUAAAGGUCGCUUUCACAAUAUAGUUGAGAUCAAGACCGCAGUCACGGGUAUGAAAAGUUCGAUCACACCUAAGAGCUUCUGGGUUAAGAAGCAUCGCGCCGUCAACCUUCCUGUUGAUUCCGCUCGUCGUGACAUUUACGAAGCUGAAGUUGUCCUGGCCUUUCCUAUCGACGAACACGAUGUACCAGUCAUCGAAAACCAAGAUGUUUUUGCGUUCCUUCCAUUGAGGAAGGUUGGAUAUAAGUUUCUUUUACAAUCCGAUUUCAUUAUCAAAGACAACCGAGAGAAUGUUGUAGAUUCUGCAUGGAACAAAAGAUUGCUCGAGGAGGUAGUCACAACAUUUCGCAGUGCAAUUGAUGGGCCCAACGGGUUUCUUGAGCAUGAUACACUUCGGUACAGCUGGGUCAGAUAUAUACCUACAGACUCUAUUGCAGAUGAUUUCUGGGGCUUCCUUGGUAGUUUUGCAUUCGUCGAUCCUAAAGAGUACAGUGGCAUUUUCAAGAACAAGAUCAAUUUGCUUGACUUUUCACUAGAGGAAGUGCAUACUAUAAAUCUAAUUCUGGUUGGCCUCGGGCUUUAUGAAAGAUAUAAGGAGACGAAAAUCGGGGCUGGACUACUGGACGACGCACUCACGAAGGAUUUGAGAAGAAAAGCUUAUGCUAUUUGCCGGUAUGCUGCCCAUCACGGAAGUAACAAUGUGAUCCCUACCUAUCGCUUGCUGCAGACUCUCAAAGUCUUCACUAGCGACAGUAUUGCCAAAGAAGUUUCCAUCACUCAUAAUAAAAUAAUCAUAUCAAUCAACGUACUCGCAGCAUCUUUACAUACUGCGCAAGACGACGAUGGGCUCAAAUUAUAUGUUCCCAAGGAACAGCGGCAAAGAGACGUUUGUCUUUCGCGCCAGCUACCCAUUGAAUUGAUCAAACAUCUUGGCAUCCCCAAACUCCCCAACGGAGCCGAACUCGGUUCUAUCCUCACUGCUACUAGGUUCUUUACUGUAGAUGCGAUUCUUGAUUCAGAUGGCAUCAUUGAAGUACCUGGAAUCUCCCCUCCAGAAGAUCAUAGCGAGAGCGAACUAUCAACACCUGAUGAUUCUGCGAAUAUUGUUAGUCCAACAAUUGAUGCAGAAUCAGAAAGCAUCACAGCAUCGCCUGAGACGGCCUCGAAAACUGGAGGAGCACGAUCCGACAUCGAGCCGCCAUCCAUGACGAAUACAAAGAUAUGCCUCACUGGCCAUAGAAGACCAGAGUUUGAACGAUCUCCCACAUAUUAUAUCGAAGUCAAAACAACACUUGGACCACUCGAUACUCCAUUCUAUUGUAGCCAAAAUCAAUUUGAUAUAAUGGAAAACUUGAAACUCCAAGACAAUCAGUCACUGAGCGAGGUCUAUUUGAUUGCCAGAGUUUUUAAACUCGGAGCUCGAGGUAUGGGAUUUAAAUUAUAUCUAGAUCCUGCAGACUUACGGAGAAAGGGGCAGCUCAAAUUCACAUCGGAUAAGUAUAUUAUAACAACAUAA